AUGGAUGGUGUCACAAAUUUCCUCCAAACCUCUCAUGAAACCGAACUCCAAGAGGCAAUUGAAGCCGAGGGAAAAGGUCUACGGGGACUUCAAUACUUGGAUGUUGCCCAGGAGCUUGAAGGACUAAUUCAAGUCACUGUUCUUCGGCCACUUCAUCGCAAAUUAAUUGAAAAUCUCCAAAGGCAUGGAAGCGAAGCUGUUUCACCGGAGAAAGCAGAAGAAUUCACAAAUACGGUAAAGAGGGAAUAUCAAAAUAUGCCCAAUUUUAAUGAG